AUGGAGAAAUUACAACAACUUUUACAACAACAACAGCAACAACAACAACAAAUACAAAAUCAAUUGUAUCAGAAUUCUUUCAGGUUAGGUGAACAACCUCCUCGAGAAGAAGACGAAGAAGAAGAAGAAGAAGAAACAGGAGAAGAAGAUAUCGAGGAAGAAGAUGAAUCGCUACAAGAGUUCUUACAACCUCAAUCACAACAACAGAAACAACAAUCACAGGAGCAGCAAUCACGACGAUUAUCUAAACCUGAGCUUCCAGCAGCACAAGAACAAUUACUUCAACAGAAAUUGUCUGAAUUACAAUCCUCAUCGGGUAAAAAACAACCAGCCCCUGAACCACCAAUCCAACAGCAACAACAACAACAACAAGAAUCGAAAAAGCCUGAGUUUUCAGUCCGUCAUCAACCAAUACCCCAACCUGUAUCACAGCAGCAGCAGCAGCAACCAUCAAAACAAGGACAGAAGUCACAAGCACCACCACCACCGCCAACAUCAGCUGCACAACAGCAACAACAACCCGCAGCUAUGUUAAAUGGUGAUCAUUUAAAGCAUGACUCUGAAUUGACAAAAUCGCCUAUAAUUCAAGUGAAUCAAUUCGAUAGAAAAUUUCGUAAUUCAUGGCGUAAAUCACCAGAGGAUUUUACAACGAAACAGCAACAACAGCAAAUGGUAAUGAAGAAAGCAAGUAAAUUAUCAGAGAAUGAUAUUAGUUCACAAGCAGAUGAAGAGGAGGAGGGCGAUAUUACAGAAGAUGAUGUUUACAGGCUACAUGACGAAUUAGAACAUGCUAAUUUACAAAAUAAUGAAAUGAAAAAAGCCUUGAAUGAAGCACGUACAAUUAUUGAUCAACAACAAAAUCAACUGACAGAAUUUCGUCGAUUAGCUGCACAAUAUCAAACAGAUACAGAAGCUUUUAAAAUGAAGAGUAUGUUUCUGUUGAAUAAUACACAAACACGUGAUGAACAAGUUACUGUGUUAAUGGAUGCAUGUGAACGUUUAGAAGCUGAAAUUGACGCUCUAACCUGGCAAUUAGAUCAAGCUAAGCAUUCACUGGACUUAAAAACACAAGAAUGUGAUUUUCUUAAUGAACAGUUAGAUGAAAUUCAACUAAAUGCUGGUAGUAAUAGUACUAUUAAUCACCAAAAUAAUAAUAAUACUAAUAACAAUUUAAUGAAUGGUAAUGGUCAUCAUGAUCCUGAUCAUAUCAUUGCUGGGAAUAUGGAUAAAGCUAAUACUGGGACAGAUCAAUUGCGUUCAACACUAAGUACAGAGUAUCGAUCCAUUAUUGGCAACAAUCAUACAGGGCAUAUAAAUACAAUGUCGACUGGAUUAAAUAUGAAUGGGGCGAAUGAUUUAAGCCUGCAUAUGGAAUUGCAAAAACUUCAAGAAGAACUUGAAGUUUAUCGUAAAAAAGAAGAAGAUUGGGAAAAAAUCCAUGUGGAACUGUUGCAAAGACAAAAAAUUCUUGAAGAAGAGAAAAAACAACAAGAAUUGGUGAUUGGUCGAUUAGCAGGUGAACAGGUAGCUAAAAAUAAAGCUGAAAAUCCACAGGAUAAUGAUGUCGAAAACGAUAUCCCACUUGAAAUAGUCGCAACACUGAAUAACUUACACGAAGAGAAAACCACCUGGAAGUUGUAUGCAUCAAGUUUAGUACGUAGUUUUGUUGAAAAUUGUGAAGAAUUUAUUCGUAAAACUCCAUAUAAUGAACCAUAUUUUGAAAGUGAUGGUGAACGUCGAUGGUAUGCCUAUUCAAUGCAUUUACUCGAAAAUCUCUUACAUGUAGCUCCAUAUAUGUUGGCUAAAACUGAUUUAGACUUAUUGAAACGUACAACUACAAAAACAGUUCAACAGAAGAGAAAUCCUUAUCUCUCUGGUGGCGGUGGUGGCGUUGGGCUUGGUAGAUAUUCAGCAACAACAACAACUAUGCAACAAUAUGAACCACAAUUAAUUACCACAUCAGAUUUCCCAUUAUCUGCAUCCCAAACACAAUUACAAAAUAGAAAUAUGAGUACAGGACAACUGGCAACCUCUGAAUUUGUACAAUUAUCAGCGUCAUCAGCAUCAUUGGCACAACCGACGUUAGCACAAUCAUCAAUGCUUGGACAAGAACAACAAUUAUACACUCAAAUGUCUUAUCCCACGGGGAUGUCUACACAGAAAAAUAUGUCUGAACGAGCUGCAAGAGCUGCAUCCAAAUCGAUUACAGAUUUAUAUCGUAAGAAAAAACAAAGAUAA